CGGAGUGAGUAAAAAAAAUAAGGAAGAUGAAGGAUUGCCCUGAACAUGACUCACUGACGGCCGAAAGAUCAAAGUCCUUUAAUGCACGCUUCACAACUUCAGAACAUGAACUCUACAGUCUCUUUAGCAGCUGUGAUGACAACCGGCCUACUGGAAACUGCUCAUGAAUCCCUCACUUAUUAUAAUGAUUAACACAAGAAACUUUCCACAGCUGUUUUCUCCAGCUUUCACUGUGUUGCGUUUCUGCUGAUGUGCUUUAAUGACGCGCUUUAUUGUGUAUAGUUCCGACAUCAGCAGAACACGCAGACUCAGGUGUGGUAUGGAUGCUGAUGAGAAAUAGACAGUAGAUGUAAAGAAGGUGAAAGCGAGAAAGUAUUAAAGAUCUAAAAGCAUCUCACACUGUUCCCUCACCUGGAAACCAAACCAUCUCUAGGUAAUAAAUGUCAGGGAAACCAGCUCAAAUGCCCUUGGCAUUUAGACAUGGGAGAGAGUGAGUGAGAGAGAGUGAGAGAGAGCAUGUGUGUGAGAGAAAGAAAUAGGGAGAGAGAGAGAGAGAGAGAGAGAGCUUACCAUAAUAUAUUCCAAAACACAUAUGUGCUCAUAAAACCAUGAGACUAGACCAAGCUGGCAGUAAAAAAAUAGCUUCCCUUUAACCUGUUUAAUUAAACACAUGUAAAGAUGGACCUGCAGCUCCAGAGCGAGAGAGGAUCCAGGGCUUUCUUGCAGAAGUAGAAGCAGAAGACUUUAGAACAGGGUGUGACCAGGUUCCCUCUACCUUUCCCAGCUCUACACCUGAACCCUGCUUUCUCUCCAGUAAAACACCUCACCCUGAUGUCAGAGGCUCCAGCUUUAGGGGUCACAUCAGCUCAGGAUGAGGCCUCCACCCCUAGCGGUGACUCUCCCGAGGUGGAGUGUCCCGUGUGCUACCAGGAAUACGAUCAGGACCGCAAGCUUCCGCGCAUGCUGGAAUGCCUCCAUGUGUUCUGCACCGAAUGCCUUCACAACAUCCAGCUGUCCCCCCUCCACCCACCUAACCUCAACUGCCCUCCCUCCAUCUCCUGCCCCCUGUGCCGCCAUUCCACCCCACUGGAGGACGGCAACCCUCACUCCCUGCCCUGUAACUCCCGCAUCCUCGCCCAGCUCCCCCCCGUAACUUUCCGGCUGCCUGUGUCCGUGUCCACUCGGAUGGCCACCGUGACCCAGAGGGUCAUCCUGUCCCUGGAGUCACGCGACGCCCGCUUCAUCAUCUUACCCACAGUCAGCCUCAGAGUGGAGCAGAUGGGCGAGGGGUCAAACUCACCGGGGCCCACAGAGGGCAGGGUGGAAGUGCUGAGGAGCCACCGGAAGAGCCUGAUAUGUGUGCAGAUGCUGGUGGUCAUAUUCUGGUUGCUCUUUGUCCUGGCCUGUGUGAUCGGGGUGGUGUUCGGCCCAAACUUCUUCCACAACUGAAACUAAGACUCAGAAACAGAGAGAAACAGUUUAGUGUUGAAUCUGUUCAUGCAAAAUCAAAUUACAACAUUAUGACCAUUUCCUUGUUAAUACAUUCACUGCCCACUUUAUCAGCUCCACUGACCAUACAGGAGCACUUUGUAAUAUAACAUUUUCUAAAUGUUACAGUUAACUGUUAAAAUACUUUUUUUUGGUAAAUGGUUACAUCAACUUCAGUGUCUAAGUUACUUUUAAUUAUGAAUUAGUGAUUAGUUUUGAGAAUGUUACUUUAACUCAGUGAUUCUGAAACUUUUUCUAUUAUUCCCCACCUCAGAAGAAGGGGAAAUUCCACGCCCCACCUGUUCCAUAUCGCCCCAACAAAAUAGUAAAAAAAAAAUUAAUAUGCAGUUUUCAAAUUUUAUAAUUUAUUUAAAUAACAUUAAUUUCUGUUUCUAAACCAGUAGGUAACAUUAUAACACCAGAUACAACAUUAACAUCAAUAUUCAAAAAUGCAGAAAAUUGGCCUACUAAUUAAAACUAUUGUUUAGAUUCUCACUUUUCACUCUGUGCAAAAUGUAGGUAAGGCAGGUACACAAAUGACUAUGUCUUAUCACAGCAUCAAUGACUGCAAUGAGCCUGUUUUGCACUACACAUCUUCUCAACAUUUUAAACAUCCGGGGCCUUUGCCCGCCACCCCCUCACCCCUUUUAUUGGCAAAACAGAGAGGUAUUAAAAAGACAGGCUUUAAAAAUGUUAAUUUCUUCCAAUUCCUUGCACCCCACCUGCAAUACGCCCCACACCUUGAGAAAAGCUGUUUUAACCCUUUCAGAACCUGGAUCCAUUACAAUGGACAUCAUGCAUUUUCUUUAUUUUUAAAUGUUUUGUUGCACAUAAGUAACCCUAUUUGAGAGCUGCUGUCCAUCAGAAUAGACCAUGAAUCAGCCAAUAGACAAGUUUAUAAACCAAUAAAACAGUAACUGGAAAAACAGUAGUGCUAAAACCAUGGAGGCGAACAAAAUUUUUUUUGCUAAUUUGAUGUAUUGAUGUAUGAUUUAUAACACUUUAAUCAUGUUUUUUUUACUGUUUAGAGAAAUUAAAAGGUCAAUAUGAAAUAUAAAACAUUUUGCACACACUUUUCUGUGUAUUAAAGACAGAAAACAGCAUGUCCUGGUAAUGAUUUAGAGGAUGACCAACACAAACUUCUGAGCUUCUGUCUCUGACUUUACUUUAAUCUACAAGGUGGAGCAGCUGUAGGUUGGAGUGUGUAAUAGAGUGGAGGACAGUGAGUGUUUAUACACAGUGUUUAAAAACUCCAGCAGCACUGCUGCUGUGUCUGAUCCACUUGAUUCACCAGCACAACAUACACUAUAACUCACACACCACCAUCAUGCCAAUCAGUGUCACUGCAGUGCUGAUAAUGACUCAUCACCCACAUAAUGGUCCUGACCAAUAAAGUACAGAGUGAAAGGAGGAUGAUAAAAUAAAUUAUAGAACAAAAUGCUCCUAUAUAAUCAGUGGAGGAAAAUAUUGUGAAUUGACACUGUAUAAUCCCAAUGAUUUUGGACAACUUAAAUAUGUAGAUUUCAGUUCAAAAUGUAAAUGUCUUAUUUAGCUUGAUGCUUUUUAUUUCUUUCUAAAGCUAAUUUAUUCAUAAAACUAAUCAGGUCCAGUCAAAACGUUAUACAUUAACCACCAGGCUUGGUUGGAAUUUGGGAAUUAGUUGUAAGUGCACUCAAAAAUCUGUUUCCAAAUCUGGAUUUUGGUUUAUAUUGAUCAGGAGCUCAUGGACUGUGUGGUGCUAGUGGGAGGACUGUUUUGAGACAUUUUGUUCCACUUGUUGGAAGUAAAUAAGUCACAUGUUUGAUAGAUAAGACAGCUGGAUUCCAAUGAUUCUAGAAGUUUUUUUAUUUUUUUCCCAACUGAUUCUCUUUUCUUUUUCUAAGUGGUAUCUAUCACUGGUGCAAAAACUGAUAUUAAACUGAUUAAAAAGGUAAGUGCAGGUUUGAUCCUCUGCCUCGACACCCUGAAACUCUUGAGCUACUUCAGAACAAAAGAACUUUGGUGAGAACAGAAACCAGAAAGCACCUAAAAAGCCACCUGUCCUGGUUCCACUUCUUCCUGGUUAUUUAUCAAUAUAGAUACAAAUAAUAAAGAGAGCAAUUAAUAUUG